UGGCCAUUUGGCCUAUUUUGCAUGUCAUUGUGGAUGGCAUGUUCCUUUAAAUUUUAGCCAGCCCGUUAUAAUGUGGGUGGGAUUUUAUGACGUGUCUUGGGGCGUGUUUAUGCAGCUUAACUGCUUGCGUGUUAGUUUAGUUGGGGAUUCGUUUUGGACAGGAGAGGGAGAAGGUUUAUCCUUCGACCAUGUCAAGCAUGUCAAGCAUGUCAAGCCUCAUGUGAAGAAGGAGACACGAGGAGUUUUCUAGUAUCUGAAGCAAUGCACUGGAGUUCGAAGAAGAUUGCUGGAACAAGUCGGAAAACCUUGGAUGUAUCUUACUGUUUUAUAUCUACAAUAAAGAAAAUAUUCAUUAAAAGACUGUGUGCUGAAGCUUUAUGAAAGUAGAAGCUCUGAAAGUCUCUGAGGCAGCUUGCAUGCGUACCGAAGAUAUUCCCCUUAUCCCCUCUCGUCCAAUUAGUGGCUAGGGAGUUAAUUUCCUGAAAGAUCUGAAAAAUCUGCCGCUACAUUAAGUCGAAGGAUACCUCCGGCAGGGGGUAAUUGCCAGUCCCAGAGAUUGGGACAGAAGAAGAUAAGUAAAAGCGAACCUCCGACGGGGGUAAAUACCAGUCCCUGAGAUAGGGACAGAAGAUCGAAGUGCGAAGGCUAAGACCUAGGAGAGGUGCGGCCAGAGCAGGACGAAGGCUAAGACCUCGAAAAGGCGCAGCCAAAGAAGAUUGGUUCCAAUCGUGGAACUGAAGAAGAUCUCGGCCAGGAAGAGCCUUGAGGUCUAUCAACAGCAUCGGAACGCAUCGGAAGACGUAUCACUGGAUUGUGAGUACGAAUUGAUUAUUACCUUUUGAAUUAAAAUUACGGUUUUAAUUGAAAGAAUUCUGUAAUAGAGCUCAACAAGCUGUUUUCUCCAGCGUGUCUGGGAAAGGCAGACCGACCUUGGAUUGUUUUGAAUCAAAGAGAUAAAGGAGCAUUUCAUUGGAAUUAGCAUCAUUUAUUUUGCACCUGGAAUUAGAGAGAGGUUCUCUACAUUAUCAGUAUGUUUUAGUUUUGGAAGAAAUUGUUGAUAAUAACAAAGUCACUCAGAAGCAGAGACUUUUUUUCGACUAAUUUAAAGACUUGGCAAUCUGCCAAGACCUCAUUUAAAUCAUGAAGGAAGAUGAGGGCAGAGCUAUGCCAGAAGAGCCACAUGGUGGUGAAGAAAGACCAGCCAGACAACUUAAACUCACUGAGAAAGGUCGAAGUUAUGUUCUCAAGGAGGCUGAAUUGGAUAGGAACAAGUUGGGGAAGAAGAUUAGAAGGCUGUUUGAAAGUGUGAAGCCACUCAUGGAAUCAGAAGAGAACCAGGGCAAGGUGGAAGAGAAAUUACGCCUGAUAAGUAGCCUUAACCAUGAGCUGAAAGAGAAGCAGGACAUACUGCUGGAGGCAGAGCGUUCUCAAGAGGAGCGUGAAAGACAUUUUAAGUGGGAUUGUGAAAAUACGGAGUAUUAUGAUGAAUCCAAAGAAGUUGUAGAAGGAUGGUUAGAGCAAGUUAGCAAAAGUAAAGGUAGCAGAAAAGAAGAUACUAAGCCAGAAGAAGAAGGUGAUGAAAUAGAACCGGGAGAUAGUAUCUCAAAUGUAUCUUCACAAAGAUCAGGCCGUAAAUCUGGUAGCUCAGCCAGUUCGGUUUCUAGGGCUUCUGCUCGUUUGGGAGCCAAGGCUGAGUUAGCAGCGCUCUCAAUAGAAGCGGAUGCUAUGAAGAAAAAACAUGAGAUGGCCCGUCAGCAAGAAGAAAUGGCGCGAUGUCAGGAACAACUGGAAUUAGAUACAAAGUUGAAGGUGGCUAAAGCCAGAAGGGACAUACUGGAAAGUGAAGGGUCUAGAUGCAGCUCUAGACCAUCAAAGGCGAUAAGCUCUAGAGAGAGAGCCAAAACUGCUCAGAGUGAAUUGGCAGUUGAAUCGAUUCCACGGUCAAAGUCCACAGGAUACCUUGGAUUGGAAAACCUAAAUAGGUUGAGUGAACCUUCAGCUCAGCAAAUGGGUGCUAGACCGAAACUAGUUACUAUAAGAACAUCCGUACAAACUCGAGAAGGACCAGUGGACCAAGGAGAAGGGAGCCAGGUUGGUCUAUUGGCACUGCUGCAUAAGCAAUCUGAAUUCAACGAGAUUAUGUCUCGACGAAAUAAAUCUCUCAUUUUGCCACCAGUUGAAAUUCCUACGUAUGCUGGAGAUCCUUUAGAAUAUGAAACUUUCGUGAGGGCACUGGAAGAGGUAUUAGAGAAGAAAGUUAAGGGUGAAAAAGAGCGCUUACGGUUUCUGGUGAAGUACACACAAGGAAAGGUGAAGGGGCUUGUGGAAAGUUGUCAGAUAGAGCCAGACAACCAGGGCUAUAAAAAGGCGAGAAGAUUAUUGAAGGAACGUUUUGGUGAUGAACAGAGGAUUGUGAAUGCAUACAUUGAAAAGGCGCAUGAUUGGAAAGAAAUCAAGCCAGAAGAUGUGGAUAAAUUGAGUGAAUAUGCAAUAUUUCUGAGAAGAUGUUGCAGCUCGAUGAAAAAUCUUGGCUAUAUGGAGGAAAUUAAUCUUUCAAGUAAUAUGAGAAUCAUCAUUAGCAAGUUGCCCAGAAGAAUGAGAGAAAAGUGGAGAGAUAGGGCAGGUGAAAUACGUGAUAAGAGCAAACAAGUAGCCAGGCUACCAGACCUGGUGGAAUAUUUAGAAAGAGAAGUACGGUACAUGUCAGAUUCAUGCAGCGGGAUUAUUGAAGAAGCCAAGCCACUUGCAAUUUAUAAGGGUUCUACCUAUGUCAAAACUAAACAAAAGACAGGGCCUAAGAAAAGCAAUUUUGCUACCAAUAUAAUACCUGAGAAGGUGUUGGGUGGUGCCAAAGAGGAUGCACCGACCAGAAAUAAUGAAUUCUGUCCAUUUUGUGAUGAAGUAGGUCACACCAUAAGAUGGUGUCGUAAAUUUAAGGAAAAGAAAUAUGAAAAAAAGAUGGACUUUUUAAAAAGGAAUGGAAUCUGCUAUGGAUGUUUAAAGAAGGGGCACAUGGUAAAAGACUGUAAGUGUCCAAUAGUUUGUGACAAAUGUAAGCAGAAUCAUCCCGAUGUGCUUCAUACUGUAAAGAAAGAGCCAGAUCAUACUGAGCAGAAAAAGGAGUCAGCGGAUGUAAAUGCUAUCACCUCGCCUCAAGUAACUGCACAUAUUGGGGCCGGAGAGAAAGCAUGCAUUUUCUCUAUUUUACCAGUACAAGUGAGAAAUAGGGAAACUAAUGUAGUGUUGCAAACAUAUGCAUUUCUGGAUCAUGGGAGUUCAGCUACUUUUUGCACAGAGAAUUUGAUGAGAAGGUUGGACAUUACUGGAGAGAAAGUUAAAAUUCAAAUGCGUACCAUGAAUAAAGAAAAGGAUUACCAGAGUUAUUAUAUAACAAAUAUGGAGAUAUCCAGUUUGGAUGAAGAUAAUUUUAUUCCAAUUUCAGAGGUUUUCACACAUGAAACAAUGCCUGUUGGUCGUCAAAAUGUACCCAGAUGUGAAGACUUACAGCAAUGGCCUUACCUGAAAGAAGUCAAAAUAACAAAGAUAAAUUCUGAUAUUGACUUACUUAUUGGAACGAAUGCCCUGAGAGCAUUAGAACCUGUACAGAUAAUUAGGAGCCAAAAGGAUGGACCGUAUGCUAUGAAGACCCUACUAGGAUGGGUUAUUUAUGGCUCCUUGUGUAAGAAUAAGGAAAGCACCAGCAAAAUGAAUUGCCGUGCUGUUGCUGUUAACCAAAUAUCUACAGGUAAAUUGGAAAAGCUGUUAAUGAAGCAAUAUAAUCAUGACUUCAAUGAAAGUACCAGCCAAGAUCUGGUAUAUUCCGCACCAUGGGGUGUACCACUCGAAGAAAGGGACAUUGAGGGUGGUAUUUGACUGCGCGGCAGUCUUUA